GACGGCGAGUUCGCCGUCACGCACAUGAUCAAGGCGCACCUCUCCUGGGACGGCACCGUCACCUGGGUGCCGCCGGCCAUCUACAAGAGCUCCUGCAGCAUCGACGUCACCUUCUUCCCCUUCGACCAGCAGAGCUGCAAGAUGAAGUUCGGCUCCUGGAGCUACGACAAGGCCAAGAUCGACCUGGAGAGCAUGGAUCGCCACGUGGACCUGCGGGAUUACUGGGAGAGCGGCGAGUGGGCCAUCGUGGACGCGGCGGGCACCUACAACUCCAAGAAGUACGACUGCUGCUCCGAGAUCUACCCCGACAUCACCUUCCGCUUCGUCAUCCGCCGCCUGCCGCUCUUCUACACCAUCAACCUCAUCGUGCCGUGCCUGCUCAUCUCCUGCCUGACCGUCCUGGUCUUCUACCUGCCCUCGGACUGCGGCGAGAAGAUCACGCUCUGCAUCUCCGUGCUGCUCUCCCUCACCGUCUUCCUGCUGCUCAUCACCGAGAUCAUCCCCUCCACCUCGCUGGUCAUCCCGCUGAUCGGCGAGUACCUGCUCUUCACCAUGAUCUUCGUCACGCUCUCCAUCGUCAUCACCGUCUUCGUGCUCAACGUCCACCACCGCUCGCCCGGCGCCCACGCCAUGCCGGCGUGGGUGCGCGCCGUCUUCCUGGAGUUCGUGCCCGGGCGCCUCCGGAUGAGGAGGAGGAGGAGGAGGAUGAGGAGGAUGGGGAGCGCGGCGCGGAGCUGGAUGGAGACCGACGUGGAUGAAGAGGGGCAGCGGAACCAGGAGGAGGAGGAAGAGGAGGAGGAGGAGGAGGAGGAGGAGAAUCCCGGCGGCUCCGCGGAAUCCCAGGAAGCGCGGCUCCGAUGCAUCCGAGCCGGGAACGCGUCCGGGGGAUCGGCGGCGCGCGGGACGUCCAAGGGAGAGGAGGAGGAGGAGGAGGAGGGGGAGGAAGGCUCGGCGCGGGGCUCGGAGCUGUCUCCCGGGAUUCUGAAGGCGCUGGAAGGGGUGCAGUACAUCGCGGAUCACCUGCGGGCCGAGGACGCCGACGUCUCGGUGAAGGAAGACUGGAAGUACGUGGCCAUGGUGAUCGACCGGAUCUUCCUCUGGAUCUUCAUCAUCGUCUGCCUGCUGGGCACCGCCGGCCUCUUCCUGCCGCCCUACCUGGCCGGGAUGAUCUAGGAUCCGGCCGGGAUGCAGCGGGAACGGCGGGAAAGUUGGGAAUCGACCGCGUCCCGCCGGAGCGGGAGGGGGACGCGGAGCGGUGGGAAAACUUC